CAUGUCUGUGGGUUCAGCUGUCAGGGCUCUGCUGAGAAGCUCCUGUGGAUAGUCUGGCUUUAACCACGUCUUUCGGAAGAAGAAAUGGCGCUGAUGGGGGUUCAGCUGGUGGUCAGCUUACUGGCCGCCAGCGUUAUGCAGAGGAUGGCUCCACAUUGCUCAUUUGCACGCUGGCUCCUCUGCAACGGCAGUUUGUUCCGGUUCAAACACCCAUCAGAAGGAGAGCUGUGUGCAUUGGCAGGAAAGCAGAUGCCAAAACAGAACAGGAGAGACAGGAGACAGAAUGGGGAGAAUAAGCCUCUCACUGUGCCCAAAGACAUCGACCUUCACCUGGAGAAAGCUCCAGUCAACGUCAUUGAUGCUCUUGUGCUGCGUUUUUUCCUGGAGUACCAGUGGCUGAUAGAUUUUUCAGUCUAUGCAAUGGGUGUCUUCCUGUUCACUGAGUGUUAUUACAGCGUGGUGGAUGCCAGCAAAGAGGUCAACAUUGGAGCUAUCUGGUGUGUUCUGACUGUUCUCUUCGGCCUAAAGACCCUUCACACUCUGAUGAGUCACUACUUCCGCUCUGAAGAGGGCGGCGAGCGAUCAGUGUGCCUUGCCUUUGGCUUUCUGUCUCUGCUCGUGGCCAUGCUGGUGCUGGUGGUCAGAGAGGACUACCUGGAGUUUGGACUGGAGUCUGGCUUUUCCAGCCUCUUUGACAACUUGGAAAUCUUCGCCAAACAGCAGGGCUACGCUGACUGGUCAAUCCCAGUGACUAAGCUGACAGUGAAGCUCGGCCUGGCUGCUGUCUGUGCUUACAUUGGAGCUCUGCUGGCCUUCCCCGGACUGCGACUGGCUCAGACUCAUCUCGAUGCCGUACAGAUGAACUCAGACCGGCCGCUCAUCCAGAUUCUGCUGCACAUGAGCUUCCUGUCUCCAGUCAUUGUGUUAGUUCUGUGGGUGAAGCCCAUUGCAAGAGACUUCCUGGCCAGCGCACCCAUGGGAAAGACCUCUGUCACAAUAGUGCCCAGUGCAAUAUUUGACAGCAUGCGUCUGUGGAUCAUCGUGGCGCUGUGCGUGCUGCGCCUAGCGCUGACUCGUUACCACCUGCAGGCUUAUCUGAACCUGGCCCAGAAGUGGGUGGAGCAGAUGAAGAAGGAAGCUGGACGUAUCGCUGCCAUUGACAUUCAGAGGAAGGUUACACGUGUGUUUUGCUACCUGACUGUAGUCACACUCCAGUAUCUGGUUCCUGUUUUGCUCAUCCUCUUCUCCACACUGUCACUCAAGGCACUAGGGGACUUCUCCUGGGGAGUGGGUGCAGAAGAGACCCCCGGGGUGACACCAGCACUGGUGAUGCCCACAGCAGCGCCUGUGCUGCCCAGCAGUCUCGAUGAAGAUGAAGAGGGAGUGGAGGACAUGGAGGAAGACAUCCAGGCCACGGUAGCUCACCUGACGGCGACCUUCACGGCACUGCGGUCCGUCCUCACUCCACUGUUCUUCCGGGGCUUCUUCGCCUUCCUGACGUGGUGGGUGGCUGCCUGUCAGGUCAUCAGCUCUCUGUUUGGCAUCUACUUCCACCAGUACCUCAUGCAGAACUAAGUGAGGAAAGCAGAGUGCCAUACUGCUCUACCUGCAAUGCAACCGUCGCCCUCAGCUAUCGUUGUACUACUCUAAAGAGUUCCUGCAGUGGAGGAGUGGGGCGCAUUUCAUUAUAACACACAACUACAGACAGAAUGCACUGUGCUUUUGGUUGAAUAAGAAGAAUUGAUCACGGUGUGUUGAGAAUAGAGUGGUGGUGGGCACUGUCUGCUGCAGUAUUGACUUCCUUGUUGCCCUUAUGACUUUCUAUGACCAGCAGGCUCCUGGUAUCAAUAACACUGACGUACAGAGAGAACUGGAGCCUGUGCUGCGAAGUUUAGCUUAACUUAGUCUGCCUGGCUUUCUUUGGGUUAUCUGGCUUUACUGAGUCUAACAGUGGAAGUCUUUGGAAGCCAUUUUCGCAAAGCUGGUUACCAGCUGGCUCAUUUUACUCUGGGUCGACUGAUCCAGCUGUGAAAACGUUCAUGCAGCUUACAUGCAACAUCAAAAGAACCAUGAGUGGGGUACUUAAUAUGGCACGGUUAUACCUGUGGGAAAUUUAGGUUAGAGCAGUAGCAAUAGGUGAUACUCAGCAAGGUGAAAUAUACAGGCCAUAAUCACACGUGUAGAAUAGAAUAAGAGGCUGAGGUAUCUGAGGUAUAUAACUUCCAAAUUUUCAAAGUAAAACUACAAAUAACUGUAGGAAUUAUAACAUAGCCUUUUUAUAUAUAUCCAGUGUUUUCAUCAUGUUCACUAGUCUAUCAAAGGGACAUUUUGUUUUUUUUUUGUCUCAUUAUGAACAAACUGAGUUAUUAUGAGUGAUAAACUUAAAAACGGUUAGAGUAAAGCUGUAGCUGCUGCUAAAGCAGAUAGAAGUGCAGAUAGGAAAAGCAGAAAUAAAAGCUUGAUCAUGUCUCUCUGACCAAAAUGUUGCAUGUAUAAAUAUCCUGAGCUGAUAAACAGUGAGUGCAACACAGUGCACAGUCAGUAUGCAGCUGUAAUAACCAUUCAUUAGGUUGUCCUGUUUUAAACGGUGGACACAUAAUUGUACAAAACCUUUUUUUUUUUUUUUUGUAUCUCACUGUGAGCAAAGUGAGUCUGUUGUCUUAUUUUACUUAUUUUGUUCACUUCAGGAUCCUGUAGACGUGAUGUCUCAGUUGUCCCAGUAAGCUGACUGCUCAGGUUAGCUGCCCCAAUUAAAAGUGAACCCGCUUUGUGAUACCAGAAAACCCGAGUUAAACCCAAACACAGCUGACUAACUCACUGAUCUUGCUUUGUGAUCCAGGCCCCUGACGAUCUUCCGACUACUUCAGCAAAACAUUUUUUUCUGCAACUUUUCAGAUGUUUCUAUGCCAGAGUUACUCGAAUUGUUCUCACCAGAACGUUGUUAAAUGCUGCAUAUAAAAUAUUCAAUGGUACCAGGCUGAGUAUUAGAAUUUGUCCCAGUGUAGAUAAUACGCUUUAUUUUUGUGAGGGACUCUUUGUCCCCCCUAAAGGAACCGAUUCAAGAGUGCUAAAUGUUUUUUUUUGUGUUUGUGUUUUUGUUUUUUUGUUUUUAAAUCUUUCUCUGCUUUAAUGUUUUGAUUGCAAAGAAGUAGUAAAGCUCAGAUCCAGCCUGCUGCUGAACAUGAAUCAGUCAGAGCUGUAGCUGGGGCUGUGCGUUAGCCAAGAACUGAAGAAUGGUUGCUUUUAUAUAUAGAGUUUCCUUCAGAAUUCCUAAGUGCCUGGGAGCUCAGGGAUUUUGAGUCGGUUUUAAAAUCUCCUUCCUCCCUGUUCAUGAGUGUUUAAAAUCCAUGGAGUCCGUUAAGAGAUGAAAUUAAGACUCCAAACUCAUCUCUGUCUUUUCCAAUCAUUUUCAAACACUAUUCACUGGCAACAUUUUUAGUUGCAGUGUCUUCUUUAGGGACAUGUUUUGUUUUUUGUUUUUUUUUUUUAGGUUUUUUGCUCUUUUUAUUGCCAAUUAAUCUUUAAAUCAGGUUUGUAUCACUGUAUUUAUUUAUUUAUAAUACGUUGCCUCAAAUAACUUUUGUUCUUUAGAAAUGAUACAGAUGUAGGAACUGUACAUUUUUCAUUCUGUGUGUGACAAGUUUUGAUUUUGUGUGUUUUUUGUUUUGUUUUUUGAAUUUGAAUUAAAUGCUCUAAAAUCAUUGAACUGUGAAGUCCAUAUGAAAAUGUUGCUUUUUGAGAUUUUCUGAUUGCAUGGUGUGCGAAACUUUUGGCUGUAACCUGAAUGUUUUGUUUUGUUUGUGUGGCUUAAUAAAAGCAUUAUUUUC